UUUCACCUUGUUCUAUGUAGGAGACACACGGUAUACAAGGAAACUAACAGUAUGUUGUGGAAGAUAGUUUGUUUAGUUGUGCUUUUUGCUGUGUACACUUCUCAGCUGGAAGAACCCCAUGACGAACUGUUCCGCUUCUAUGACAAAAACAAUGACACCAGGCUCACCAACUCAGAAUGUCGGAACUUCUGGCUGCAUUUCGACGGCGAUGGAGACCACGUGAUCAGUAAACUUGAGUUCGAGUUAAAAUGGACGUUCCUGAAUUUGCGUUUUGCACACCAAACUCCCCUGUUCUUCCGCCACCUUGACAACAACGUCGACAGCCAGAUUGACUCAAGCGAGCUCACCAGCUUCUGUAACUACUUCGACGACGACGAUGAUGGCCAUAUCUCUAAGACAGAAUUCGACAUGAACUGGACGGGACUUUUCACCUUCCCAUGUAGUCACUAACUGUCUUGCAUAUGAUGUGUUCAAAUAUAACACCUGGCUCGUUGAGCA